AUGUGUCGUUACGGUAAAUUCUGCAUACGGUUUCAUGAUGAAAAUCAUUUGCGAAAAGAAAAACAUCCUUUUAAUCAACCAUGCCCAUUCACACCAUACUGUUGUCCUCAAUACAAUGAAUUCUCACAAACUGCUAACAAGAAAUUAUUAAAAAUCGACGUCCAAAAACAUUGUUUACAAUUAUCUCAUGUUUGCGAAUGGGGUCGACAAUGCAAAGAUAGAUCUGAUCAACACUGGAAAAGUGCCAUACAUGUUCCACGUCAUAUGUGUCCAUACGAUAAUCGGUGUACAAAAACUGACCAAGAUGACCACUUGAAUACGUUUUCGCAUACGGGUAUACCUGAUAUUCGCCCCAUGUGCGCUCAUCGACGUGAUAUUUGUCGAGAUAAAGGGAAACCUGAUCAUAUAAAACAGUUUCGACAUUAUGGAAACUGUGAUUUUAGCGGUGUUAUAAAUUAUUUUGGUCAAAACAAAUCGAUAGAUUUUGUUGAAAAUCAAAAACAUAUGAUGGAAGCUAUCAACAGCUAUUUUGAGCAUAACAAAAUAACUUGUUCUGUACCGAAAGAAAUCGAGAGAUUUGUCAAAGCUUUACAACCAGUCCAUCGUUGCUCAAAAGUUAUUUUCGAAUCGAUACUUGUUCAUGGUCAUGUAAUGUCUAGUAAGUAUAUGGAGCACUUAAAACAACCUAAGUUUGCUGCUCAAGCUGUCCAAGAACAUAGAGAUGUACGAACUAUUCUCGAUCGUCAUGACGCUGCCCGAAGCUAUGCUAAAGAAUAUAUUCGAGCGAUCGUUGCAUUGGAGUACAGUAAAAAACCUCCGAUAAGUUUACCCAUGGAAGUACCUCUACAUAUUUCAUCAUCAAUGUUACGUUCCUCGAUAUUACCCACGUCUGAUUCUCAAGAAUCGAAUGAAACAAUACAGAAAACGGAAAGAUUUUUAAGAGCUAUGAUGGAAAGAAAAGAAAUUGAUACAAUUCGUCGAUGUGCAGUCGAUAUCGCCACUGCUUCAUUGAAUCUUCAUAAAGCUCCAGCCGGUAUUCAAUAUGAAAAAGACAAACAGCUGGGUACAAAUAAGCAUGUUUUCGGUAUUCUCGGUCCGCAUUGUGGGCGCUAUUAUGGAGAUAUUGUUUUGGUGUUUAAAGCGGAAGUCAUGCUUCAUCCAGAUGCCAAUUUUACCCAUCAAGCAGCAACAUCAUAUUUAAGUGGAAGAACGUAUUCUCAACGUCCGUGGGUGAGAGAUCCCGGCUCGGAUUCGAGAAAAACAGCGCGCUUUCACCAAUCAAAACUGCAUUGUUCUGUGCCGAACUAUGAACAUGUUGCGGCAGCAGAGCUCAUUGCUAUAACAAGUAAACACCAGAAGAAAUCGAGUAUUGACUACAAGGAUAUUCUUGAUCGAUGGUUGAGCGUCGAUUCGCAUGAAGUAUUUGAAGCACAUUUGCCACAACUAAUCCCAUUGGAUUACAUUGAAAAAGUGUAUAUUCCAAAAAGUUUAUUCUAUUCUUUAUCACGAAAAGCUCAAGAAUGUGCAAAAAGAACGUUCUGUCAUGGUUUGCAUUUAACGAACCAUCAGGUUGAUGUAUCACCAAACGAUAUGUAUGCGUUAGAUAAUAAUCGUAAGGAAUAUCAAAAGUUCAUCAUCGAUAAGCUUGUCACAAAAAUUAAUAAGCGAAUGAAUCAUCCUACAUAUUCAUAUGGUACUUUCUUUACGCUUGCACCAACUGAAUUUACAGAUUACAUAGUUUUACCAAUAACUAUAAACAAAUCUUAUUAUGAGUACCGCCGAACCCAUAAAAAUCAUUCGAAUGUCGAUGAUGUCUACAUCUAUUGGCAAGCCAUGCAUGGCGACAUGAUUCUUGCAUUAUCAGAUGAACACAUUGAGUCAAAAAGAUCAGAAAAAAAUACUCAAUAUCUUGUGUGUUAUAUCGCACCACGACCACCUCUGAAAACGGCAGCAUAUGAUGAAGCAUAUUCAUACCUGAACAACGGUGAUCCAUACAGGCACAGCGUCAUUUUAAACAAUAAUGAAUGUAAUGCUAAAUCAAAUACAUUCUACCGUGGUUGUAGUAGCGGAGAUUUUCUUACUUUUUGUCUUAAACUCGAUAAGAAAACAGGACAAGUUACACUUUCGCACGCUGGAGCAAAUGGUAUUUAUUGCCAUAAUAAAAUUACGUAUCAAUUUUCUAAACAACGUCUCGAUUUAAACCAAUUGCGGUAUGUCCAUGUCAGUGCCGGAUCUCAGAAAGUGCCUAUUCGAAAUCUAAUUAUAACUUUUGAGCCGGUUUCUGAUCUUCAUCCAUCGUUCGACAAGAAUUUUAGACCAGAAAGCGACGUUUCAUCUAAUGAUGAACACUCACAUAACCAUGAUAAACCAUCACCACAUAGAUCCAACGGACCGUCUAGACACGAAUCCCCAUCAUUUCUAAACAAAGCGGGCAAUGCGAUUAAAGGUGCUGUUGAUUAUCUCCUUCGUAACGAUAAAGAACGAAAACCAUGCCCGGAAGCAGUCAACUGUUUACUACAAGGAUCAUCUACACAUACAGAAGAAUUCUUUCAUCCUUGCAGAUAUGCUGAGUUAUGUAAUAACAAAGAUAAAGAACCUCAUUUAACGCAUGAAUCGCGGCGAGUUACACAAUGUCAGUUGAAUAUUUCAUGUUCAAAACUUGACAAUCCGGCCCAUCGAGCUGCAUACCGACAUGAUGGUUAUCCGGAUUUUCUCAUACCUUGUAGGGAUAGCUCAAAAUGCCAAGAUUCGACAUUCCAACUGUCAUGGGCAAUUACCAAGCUAGUAUCAUAA